UCUCGGCUCACGCGGCAGGCAUCCUGUAAAGGAGGCAGCCAAUGCCUCCUUUCUUCAGCGUGCGACUGGUGCUGGUGCUAUUUAUUGACUGGUGCGACCACAGGGUGCGACUUUAAAAAUGGAGGCCACGGGGAUGUCGACGGCGUCGACGACGGCUAGUUCACCGCUCAGCGACGAAGGGAAGAGAAGAGGUUCGCGCAAGUUUAAGGACGAGGAUAUCGAGUACGACAUAACUUUCCCGUCCGCUGACAAACAGCUCACUCUGCCGACAGCUAAGGAGCCCGUCGUUUACUUAUUAGGUUGGGCUGGAUGCCAGGACAAGCACUUGUCUAAGUACGGUGCCAUCUACGAAGAUCAAGGGUGCAUUACAAUUCGUUACAUUGCUCCAGUUGAAGAGCUCUUCAAGCGGAGCUAUGGUGGCGCACUGGACGAGCAAGCCUAUUCGCUGCUUGGCUUACUGGAAGACUUCAAACUUGAAGAACACCCGCUGUUCUUUCAUGCGUUCAGCAACGGUGGUGCGUUCGUCUACUCACUGAUGAAUCGACACUUUAGGGACGAUGUCCAGAUCAUGUCAAAGAUUCGAGGUGUGAUCUUCGACAGUGGCCCUGCUCGUGUUGGCUUCUGGCAGUGCGUCAGCGUCAUGGCAACCUUUGUCAGAGGCCGCUCAGUGUUCCGCUACACCGUGGCUUUCUUCUGGGCAUUGGCCAUGUGGUUGUACUCGGCACUAACGUCGCUGGGCAACCUUGUUCUUGCCACCAGGUUCCAUCGGUGCGAGUCUGCUUACGAUGCCCUGCUCGCCGAGAGCCCACUCUGUCCACAGUUGUUUCUCUACUCCGAGAAGGAUGCCGUCUGUACCCACCAGAGCAUCCGCGCAUUUGCAGCCGCACGUCGCACUAAAGGCGUGCCAGUGGAAGAAGUGUUCUGGCAGGACUCUCCGCAUGUGCAACACUUUGUUCUCCACCGGAACCAGUACGUCACAAGUGUCACUGACUUUAUGCGUCGCUGUCUCGAAGGCACAAUCCAGGUGUCUUCACCCAUCGGCAAGAAGAACCGCUGAUGGCUGCGCCAACCAUCUCAGAGGCCAUGCUUUGCUGGACACUACUGCCAUCCUUGAUUCAUAGGGAGGGCACACCACUUUGUGAAUGGUGCUGACAGAGCUGUCUAAUUAACUAGUGGCUGAUUACAAUUUGCCCGGUGUAAACAGAAACAUGUGAACAUCAUGCGAGCUGACAUAAAAUUUUCAUGUUGGUGGUGUCAAUUAUUUCCUUGUUUAGAGAAGUGCUGUGCAUGGUAAAAGUGAUAUACUUUGGAUGCCUUAGUAUGUUAAACUGCCGUGCUUGACUUAGCACAGUUGAGCUUCUAUAUAACAAAGAUGGAUAUAAAAAGUUAUGAGUUAAUGAAAUGAUGUAACCACUCCCCUCCAUAAUUCCUAUGGCCUAUAGGGUAUUACUAAAAUAUAUAAACGAGCAAAUUAUUAUAAGAAAGUAAAUUGAGAACCUUUUUUUUUUUGCCGAUAUUGGUGUUAACAAGUGUAUGCUUAUAAUACAUAUUGUAUAUAAUGAUAGUAUUUUUAUGCCAGAUGUAAUGAGCUUUGAUAUUUUCAUUAUUCUUUGUCCUUUUAAACUUGAUCUCCAAUGGUUGAAGCAGUGGCUGAGUAUGCAACUUUCAAUGUGGCUGGAAAACAAGGGUCCAUCUGGCUUUUAUCAUUACGAAACUUAGUUGCACCUCUCAGUAUUUCUGCAUGUUAUGUAAAUGUUACAUGGCUUGUGGUCAGAGCAGUGUAAGCAUUCCAGUAACUGCAUUAUCACAUUCUCAUUUUCUUGGAUGGAGUGAAAUGUCAUAGAAAUAGUCCUUUCUCUCUGUCACUAAUUAGACUGCUCUUUCUGUAUUCGCUAAUGUUUGUGUGUCACAAUAAUUAGACAGAUCUUACUCUUUAAAAACAUUUCACGAGCAUAUUAUUUAUUGAUGAGCAGCAUCACCUAAUUCUCAUGUCCCAACACUGCAUUUUCACUUUAAAUACAUACAUUGAAACUUUGUUACUACAAACACUACAUUAACAAACUUUUCAGAAGUUCCCUGCUGACUUCCUUAUAGGUUCAAUAUAAAAAUAUAUAAGUGCUACGAACUUCAGAAUACCGAACUUUUCAGAAUAAUGAUCGUUAUUCAGUUUCCCUGUAAUGUUAACAAUGCCUCAGUACUACGAACUAAUAUUACGAAAUCUGGGAAUAUUUAAAUUUCCGUGUAUCCUUCACGGCAGACGAAACAGUAGGCUAGUAAACGACAAGGUGCAGAGAGCAGACAUCAUGGCACAUGGGUUCUGAAAACCUGAGACAGUGCCCGAGAAAGAAAGAAUGCGGGCAAGCCGCAUGCUCCGCGCAGAAGAGCAUCAACUAGCAAUGAAGGCGCGUCUCUUCCUUCUUUCAUCACCCUUCUUGCUGUGCACACCUCUUUCUUUUGCACUUCUAUCUGCAGCCGUACUUUGAACUGCAACCUCCAGAUUCGCGGGGGUGCCACAGAGUCGCACUUUGCACCUUCUAGACGGUGUUGUUCACGUGCGCUUGUGCUUUGACAUAGCUCAGGGGCUGUACUCUGGAACGAUCCACUUCAGCGAUACUAUCGCCUCGGCCAUGCCUUCGCCGUCAGGCGCUCGCUGAUUGGCUGAUUGAGCAACAUCGAAUGACGUAGGUCAUCUGAUUUUGCUAAAACAGCCAAUCAGUGUGCGUAGAUUGCGAAGGCGUGGCCAAUGGUGAUAGCAUCACCGAAGUAGAUCGUUUCGAAAUACGGCCCCAGGUGUCUGCCUCAAACGAGACAGUUACGGUGUCCACGGCAAGAAAUGUGAAAAACAAACAAAAAGCAAGAAACAUUGCGCUUUGGAGGUGACAUGGAGCUACCUUUUUGUCGAUAGUUUUCUCUGUGUCAGUGUCUGUAUUGCGUGUGUCACUCUUUCAUAUGGUGCUUCGUGGUGGCGGAAUCUAUGGAAAAUAGCAACAGCGUGUGCCAAGAGCCAACAGCGAUGUUUUCGUGAAUAACACAUAUGGCGACAACUUAUGAACUGAUGGGUUGACGAGCGGAAUGGUUAAUUUUGGGGCUUUCACUAUAACGAUCUUUCAGAAUAAUUAACAAUUUACCACGGUCCUCUGAGUUUAUGUCGAGAUUUAACUGUAUACAUAUGUAAAAGUGGCUGAUGAGGUAUAACGCACUGAAUGUGUACAUUUAACAAUGAGAAAUGUCAUAAUGCAUGGCUCCAAAUUAUGUUGACAACACCCCUAGGGCCGUAUUUCAUAGCAAUUAUUUUUAUUUCUCAUUCUUUUUUGCCUCUCGUCACUGGACAUUAUUGCUGCAUUCAGUGCAUUGUAUGAUAACAAAAUGAAUAGAAUCACAUGAAAGGCAUUCUUACAAAGCAUUGCCUUUGGGCUUCUUUAACAUGCACCAAAGUGCACGAGAAGUCUUG